UGGUUACUAGGGUUUCCGCGUUCUAAGAUGGAGACUUAGAAAACAUUUCGUUUUUCUUUAAAGCAGAUACGACUGAAAAUCUUACAAAAUGACAGAUAUUUUGUGCAACUGGCUCAAUGAAGAGCUCAAGAUUUCUCAAAGAACUGAUCCAACAACAUUUGAAAAAGACUUUGCCUCCGGUUACUUGAUAGGAGAGGUGUUGAACAAGUAUCAGCUCCAGAAUGACUUUGAUAAAUUUUCGCAGAGCAAAACAUCAGACUCAAAGCUCAACAACUUCACCCGUAUUGAGCCCACGCUGCAUCUGCUCGCCAUUCCCAUUGACACCAACUUGGCCCGCGCCAUCAUGACUGAGACCCACGGGGUUGCCACGCGGCUCAUGUACCAGCUGUAUGUGGCUCUCAACAACAAGAAGAAGUCCAACCUGACAGGGGUUGCCAUGGAGACCAUGAGACCUGCGGCCCCAGCUAAACUGAACGCCGUGGAGUCAGAAAUUUAUAAAGAUCGUCUCAAGCACAUGACACCAAGGCAGAGUGAACUGGAGCUACAGGAGGUCGUGCAGAAAUUCCAUGAGAAGCAGAUGGAGAUGGAGAAGGUGGCGUUCCGUGAGAGAUUCCUGGAGCAAGAACGAAUACGAGAGCAGCAGCAGAAAGAGCGCAGGCUGUUGAUGGAGCGGUCUCGAGCUAUGAAGCUUAAACAGAGUGAAAUGGUCGCUAGAAUCCAGGCUGCCACGGUUGAGAUCCCCAAACCUCCGCCCCAGAAGACUGUACAGGCCAUGGAGGCUAGGGCCGCAGGUCGACGCAGGAAGAUAGCUGAGGACACUGUUCGAGCUAUCGGUGACUUUGAGGAGAAGAUGAAAAUGACUCUGCCGCCGGCUAAGGAUGAAGAUGAUGAGGGUAUAGGGAUGGAGUACAUUCUGGCUCGGGAUGAUGAGAAGAGCCACACUGAGUUAACGGACAUGAUCAAGCCCCGUUCCAAUGACGAGUACAUCGGCAAGAUACGCAAGCGGCUCCAGGAGGACUCGUCUGCACGGGCAGAACGCGAGAAACGGCGCAGGAAAGUCAUCGUGGACCAGAUCAAGGCACACGCAAGUCAGGAGGAGGCCCACCGUGAGGAGAUGCUAGUGAACCGUCUGAUGCGUCAGUCCCAGCAGGAGAGGCGUAUUGCGGUCCAGCUGCUUCAGACCAGGCAUGAGAAGGAGGUGAUCCGUAGCAACCGUAUCCAACGGGAACAAAUGUAUGAGGAGCGCCGUCGCAAGGACUUUGAGGACGCAAUGAACAGAGAGUCGGAGAUGGCAAGGCUUGCUAAGCUGGAGUACACUGAACAGACAAGGAAGGAUAAAGAGUUACAUGAUCAGAUUGCGGCGGAACGUGCCGAGGCCAAGUACCGCAAACACUACGAGAGCUGCCAGGGGGUCAUGGAUCAGAUCCUGGACUUUGCCUGCAAGGUUGCAGAGUACAAGGAGCUCACUAACGGACUGGUUCCAGCCAAGCUGCUGCGUGACUGGCGUGCUCAGUUUGAGGCAGGGAUCCCCCUCUAUGACAAGGUCAAGGUCGUGGAGGCUGCCACGGUCACCCCAGAACAGGUCCUUGAGGAGGAGAGACUGAACCUGCUGGAUGAGGGAGAUUUCAUGGAAUACAAGACCAUGGUGGGGGAAUGGCAACCACCUGAGGCCAGUGGACUAGAGAAACCACCACGGGACAACCCCAUCGUGGGUCACGUGGUACAGAGACUUCUCAACAUGGUGUACCCGCCCUCUACACCUCCACCACCGCCAGAGUUUUCCCCAUUCCCCAUCAGAGCCUGUGUGCUGGGAAAAGCCUUUGCCGGAAAAUCUGUGUGCAUUCGCAGCAUUGCAAAGGAUCACCGACUGCAGCUGUUGGACGUAGAUUACCUGGUGAAUGAAGCCAUUGAGGCCAGCAAAAAUGGAGAGAUUAUGACAGGGUGCUUGGGACAAUGCGACGUUGCAGAGAGCAAUCCAUCGCAGAACGUUUCUAAGCAGAAAACGGACAGAUGA